AACUCCUACAGAGCCCGUCCUUGCCGGCCUCCAACUGUCAACUCAAUUUUUCCCAUUGAGUCACAAGACAGCAAAGUUGCAGAGAAGUGGUGCUAGUGCUAGAAAUCGUGUCCCAAGCCGACCCAGUGCCUUUUGACGAAGUCCUCCACCGUAGAAAUGUCGGACGAAGUAGCAGAAAACGGUCAUUCUGAGGGAGACGUCCCCGAAAUCGAGCUCAUCAUUCGUGCUUCAACGAUAGAUGGCCGCCGCAAAGGCGCCUGUCUCUUCUGCCAGGAAUAUUUCAUGGAACUCUACCUCUUGGCCGAACUGAAAACAAUCAGUCUAAAGGUGACAACAGUCGAUAUGCAAAAACCGCCACCCGACUUCCGCACCAAUUUCGAGGCAACGCCACCUCCCAUUCUAAUCGACCGAGGAAUGGCAAUUUUGGAGAACGAAAAAAUCGAACGACAUAUCAUGAAGAGCGUCCCCGGCGGUCAUAACUUAUUCGUGCAAGACAAGGAAGUGGCAACUUUGAUCGAAAACCUCUACACCAAGUUCAAAAUGUACGUAACCAAGUUCGAAUCGACUGACACGAAAGAGGCAAGUCAGCCGCUCCUUUCGCACUUGGAAAGAAUCAACGACUUCCUGGCGAAGAGAGGGACCAGGUUUCUGACCGGCGAUACUAUGAGUUGUUUCGAUUGCGAAUUGAUGCCGAGACUUCAACAUAUCCGGAUCGGAGCGAAAGCCUUCCGGAAAUUCGAAAUUCCGACCAGAUUUACCGCACUCUGGACCUACAUGGCCAACAUGUACGAGUUGGAGGCGUUCAGACAGAGCUGUCCCGCCGAUCAGGACAUCAUUAGUCAUAUUAAGAACCAACUGGGGCUCAGAACAACGGCACGGAUAGAGCUCGAGACGCCUGUUUUUACCACUUCUAUUCCCAUUGUUGCUGAGACAUAAUCAUCGAGGGCAGGUGGCAAGGGGCGAUUUAGUACAAAAUUAUCACCGGUAGGUGUCGCUAGCCUUGCGCGUGCGCUUGCAGCGAGGCACAAACUGUGGCUCCUGGCGCCCUUUUCUUAAAAAAAAACUAUUGUUGUAUAGUUUUUUCCGAAAAGGGCGCUCGGUCCCGAGCGUUUUGUGCCCCCUGUGCAUUUUUGCGAACUGUUUUUGAUACUAAAGGCUUUUUCUUGUUGAACAGUAUUGUUGCAAAAUUUUGAGCUGGACUUGAAUUUUUAAUCCGCAUUAUCUUUAAGUUUUAUAAAGUUACUUAAAAAUGUUUAUCAUUUGUAUCGAUUUAGCUAAGUAUGGAUCAUAAUUAUGUUACAUUGUAUUUUUACGUAAUAAAGGUAACUGUGAACGUA